AUUUUCGCAGUUUGUCUUAUGCCGGUUCGUGUUCACUUAUCGUUCGGUUCAGGUUAACAACUUGUAAACGGUUAUUAAUUAACAAGCAAAUUAUUUUUAUUAUUUAAAUCAAAUAAAUUAUGUCUUUCAUUGGAAUUAAACUACUGCGCAAUGUGUCGCUCUUGAAUAAACUCAUUGCUGGUCAGCAUAAACAAACAGCACGUCUGCUGCAUCAGACUACUGCACUGUGCGCUGUGCGUGUACAACAGCCGGCCCCUGAUUUUAAAGGCCUGGCAGUCGUCGGCAAUGACUUCCAGGAGAUCAAACUUGAGGACUACAGAGGAAAAUAUUUGGUUUUGUUUUUCUAUCCACUAGAUUUCACCUUCGUCUGUCCAACAGAAAUUGUUGCAUUUAGCGAACGCAUUAAGGAGUUCCAGGACAUCAACACCGAAGUUGUAGGUGUCUCUGUUGACUCGCAUUUUAGCCAUCUUACUUGGUGUAAUGUGGAACGUAAGAACGGUGGCGUCGGCAAACUGAAAUAUCCAUUGCUCUCAGACAUCACCAAGAAGAUAUCUGCUGAUUACGACGUUCUGCUUGAUAAGGAAGGCAUCUCGCUGCGUGGCACAUUUAUUAUUGACCCCAAGGGCGUGUUGCGUCAGUACAGUAUCAAUGAUUUGCCUGUAGGUCGUUCUGUGGAUGAGGUUUUGCGGUUGAUCAAGGCGUUCCAAUUUGUCGAGGAGCAUGGCGAAGUGUGCCCGGCCAAUUGGAAUCCAAAAACAAACCCAGCUACAAUUAAGCCAGACGUAGAUGAGUCCAAGCAGUACUUCAGCAAGCAUGGUUAAUUCUCUAAAAAACACUCCACACUUAUAACACAACAGCAAAGACUUUAAUAAAGCUCUAAACUAAUAUUUUGU